CUUUUUUAAUUUUAAGUAAUGAAUCUUAAUUUGUUCUGAAGUUCCUACACUGUUUUUGUUCUAAAUUUAAAAUUCCCAAUUUGUUUAACUUUUUCAUGACAUAUAAAUUCGAAAAAAGAAGACUUUCUUGUGAUUUUUGGCGGCAAAAUACAUAUAAUUCUAAGCACUACCUAACUAGGUCUUUUCGGUUCAUUUAAUUGUGAUUGUGACUGCCUUUAAUUCUACCUCGUCUAAGGACUGCCUUGAAAAACUAUAAUUUCUUAUUCAUUUGUUAUUACAUACUUACAAUGUCUCAUAAAAAGCCACUUAGGCCUCAUAAAUUUUCUGAAGAAAUAAGCGAAAUGAUGAAUGAAUCUCAGUUUUUGAAAGAUUCACCUAAAGAAAAGAAAACACUGAAACGUAAAAGUAAUACAAAACAUGAAACAAAUGAAGACGAAGAAAUGUCAUCAUUAAUUGGAAAAUAUCAAGCAAGUGCAAAAAAACGCAAAGCUGAUGUAAUUGCCAGUGCUGAAUCUCCUGAGGAGUCUCGCCAAAAAUUGCUUGAUGUUAUGAGUCGCCAAUUACACACUAGGAAAGUAGAAAAUGAUAAGCUUCUUGAUGAUAUAUCAGAUGUAUUGCAACAAUUAGAAGCCGAUUACAAUGCAAUGAAUGAAAAUAAACAAAAAUUAGAACACAUAACAGGAUCUUACAUGAAAUGUAUCCAGCAAGCAACAAAUGCAUACAAGCAAAAGCUUGAGACUUUGAAAGAAAUUCACACAUCCUUCAAGCAACAGUCCAAGGAAACUGAAGCAAAACAUAAAGCAGAGACUAACCAACUGGCAGAUGAAUUAGACAAAGAUAUGAUAAAGUUGCAGAAGAAAGUUAUUGCUGAAACUAAGCAAACCGGACUGGAAGCUCUUCGCCGUUCUAUUUUUCAAGCCAUGCAGAAUGGCUUUUAAUUUAAUAUUAACCAUUUUAACUUUAGUUAUUGUUGUCUUAUGUUUGUUACACUUAAUAAAAUAUAAACUUUUGUUUUAAAAAUUGUUUCAACACUUUCUUUUAUAUCAAUGAAUUGAAUGAAAUAGCACCUUAAUUACAUGUACAAAAAUUACAAUGAAUUAGUUAAUUGCUUAAUUCAGUUGUAAUUUUGUAACAAAAUCAUCAAUCCAUAGUUCUGUAAGCAAAGGUACAUUGUACACUAAAAUAUUAUGUAUUAAAUACCUUAUAGUGUCAAAAAUUUCAAUAAAGCAAAUCAACUAUUUGCAACUGAAAAUCAAUUCUUUUUGGGAAAUAUUACCACUGAUCUAUGGUAUUUAUUACUGCAACACUUACAUAAAGUAUGCAGUGUGUCCCACAGUUAUUUUUUAAUUAUGACUUCUGCCUUUAUAUACCUACUUACUGUGGUGUUCCAGGGCUUCGCUCCUGUGGGAAUUUCAAGAUAAAAAGUACUAACUUUGGUUUUUCAUGUUAUAUUCUCCCUGUGUACUAAACAUUAUCAAAUUCCGUUUAGUAGAUUAGUAACAUACAUACACACAUCCUUACAAACUGUCGCAUUUAGAAUAUUAGUAUAUACUUGGGACAUAUAAUCUGAUCCCAAAUCAAUCA